AUGGGUACCUUGCUGAUCUCCAAGAUUAGAGAGGAGUUCCCAGACAGAAUGAUGGCCACCUUCUCGGUUGUUCCAUCCCCAAAGACUUCCGACACCGUUGUUGAGCCAUACAACGCCACUUUGUCCAUCCACCAAUUGGUCGAGAAUUCGGACGAGACGUUCUGUAUUGACAACGAGGCGCUGUACGAUAUCUGUGUAAACACCCUGAAGUUGAGCCAGCCAGACUACUUUGACUUGAACCACUUGGUUUCUUCAGUUAUGUCUGGUGUCACUACCUCUCUGCGUUACCCAGGUCAGCUGAACUCAGACCUGAGAAAGCUUGCCGUCAACCUUGUUCCAUUCCCAAGACUGCAUUUCUUCAUGGUUGGUUACGCCCCAUUGACAUCGAUGAAGUCCCAGUCUUUCAGAUCUCUGAACGUGCCUGAAUUGGCGCAACAGAUGUUUGACAGCAAGAACAUGAUGGCUGCUUCCAACAUCAAAAACGGUCGUUACUUGACUGUUGCCGCUUUCUUCAGAGGUAAGGUUUCCGUCAAGGAGGUUGAAGAUGAGAUGCACAAGGUUCAGACCAAGAACUCGGAAUACUUUGUCGAGUGGAUUCCAAACAAUGUCCAAACUGCUGUUUGUUCCGUCGCUCCAAAGGGUUUGGAUAUGAGUGCUACUUUCAUUGGUAACUCCACCUCUAUCCAGGAGCUGUUCAGAAGAGUUGGUGACCAAUUCAGUGCCAUGUUCAGAAAGAAAGCUUUCUUGCAUUGGUACACUUCUGAAGGUAUGGACGAGAUGGAGUUCUCUGAGGCUGAAUCCAACAUGACCGAUCUCGUUGCCGAAUAUCAGCAGUACCAAGACGGUGUGGACGUGGAUGAGGAGCUGGAUUACGCUGAUGAGGUUCCAAUGGAAGACAUGAUGGAGUAA